GUGGGCCGAAACUGCGCGUCUGUGUCACCGUCAACCAGAUGGGGAAUAGAUGAGCUCCACUCCCUCAAACUUCCUCGGGUGGACGCCGCGGUUAAAAGUGGACUAAAAACAACAACAACAACAACAACAAAACAACUAAAAGAGCUCGACGAUGAACACCUGCGCCUUUUUGUUGAUUCUCAGCGUGCAUAUCUACGCCGAUGGAAUCGAGGGGCCAACAGCUGCUGGCUGCACAUUUGAAGAGGAUUUGGAUCUCAGUCUGUGUGACUUCACACAGAGUGAAGAAGAUGACUUUGAUUGGCAGCUGUUUCGGACACACAAUUCGCCCUACGCUGGCUCGGACCUCCUGCGUGGAUCCUAUAUGUUGGUGAACUCCUCGCAGCAUGAAGCCGGCCAUUGCGCUCAGCUGCUGCUGCAGAGUCUGAGUGAGAACGACACACACUGCGUCCAGUUCAGCUACUUCUUGUACAGCCGCGACGGCCACAGUCCAGGGGCCCUGAAGGCAUACGUGCGUGUCAACGGCGGGCCGCUGGGCAACCCGGUGUGGAACACAUCAGGAUCUCACGGGAAGCAGUGGCAUCAGAUGGAGCUGGCUGUCAGCACCUUCUGGCCAAACGAAUAUCAGGUACUGAUUGAGGCUACUGUUUCCACGGCGCGGCAAGGAUACAUUGCCAUCGAUGACAUCAUGGUGCUCAACUAUCCCUGCUAUAAGGCGCCGCAUUUCUCCAGGCUUGGAGACGAGGAGGUCAACGCUGGACAAAAUGCAACUUUCCAGUGUGUGGCUGCAGGAAAGGCUUCCGAGGCUGAAAACCUCAUACUGGAGAGACACAAUGGGGAGAUUUUAACCACUGCGUCGGUCAAGCACCUGAGUCACCGGCGUUUUGUGGUAUCGUUCCAGCUAGACAGCGUCCAGAGGUCAGAUCAAGACCUUUACCGUUGCAUCACCAAGUCCUACAGGGGCUCGGGGGUCUCCAACUUUGCUGAACUCAUUGUCAAAGUACCACCUUCUCCUAUCGCACCACCUCAGCUGCUGCGUGCUGGCUCCACUUACCUAAUCAUCCAACUCAACACCAAUUCUAUCCUUGGAGAUGGUCCCAUUAUUAGGAAAGAGAUUGAGUAUCGGGCCAGCCAGUCUCCAUGGUCUGAAGUGCAUGGAGUCAACAUGGUCACCUACAAGCUGUGGCACCUGGAUCCGGACACAGAAUACCACAUCAGUGUGCUGUUGACUCGGCCCGGAGAAGGAGGCACGGGCCCUCCUGGACCUCCGCUAGUGAGCAGGACCAAGUGUGCAGAGCCCAUGCGUGCACUGCGGGGCCUGACAGCCACAGAUAUCCAGCCCAGGCAGUUGUCCCUGCUGUGGGAGAACUUGGCGUUCAACGUGACGCGCUGCCACACCUACUCAGUGUCCCUUUGCUACCGCUACACCACGACGGGAGGCGGCGGCGGCCACAACACCACCGUGCGUGAAUGCCUGGCUGUGGAGCACAACGCCUCACGCUUCACGCUGCGUGAUCUGCCGCCCUACCACGGCAUCCAUGUCCGUCUGUCACUGGCCAACCCGGAGGGCAAGAAAGAGGGCAGAGAGGUCACAUUCCAGACAGAGGAAGACAUCCCAGGAGGCAUAGCACCAGAGUCGCUCACCUUCACCCCGCUGGAUGACAUGAUCUUCCUGAAGUGGGAGGAGCCUCUUGAACCCAAUGGCCUUAUUACUCAAUAUGAGAUCAGUUACCAGAGCAUCGAGUCGUCUGAUCCCGGCAUCAACGUCCCAGGACCAAGAAGAACUGUAUCCAAGCUAAAGAAUGAGACCUAUCACAUGUUCUCCAAUCUUCACCCGGGGACAACCUACUUGAUCUCUGUGCGAGCCCGUACAGGGAAGGGCUUUGGCCAGACAGCCCUCACUGAAAUCACCACAAACAUCUCUGCGCCGACAUUCGAUUAUGGAGAUAUACCUUCCCCCUUGAGUGAGACUGAGAAUACAAUAACUGUAGUGCUGCGCCCCGCCCAAGGGAGAGGAGCACCUGUCAGCACAUACCAGGUGGUGGUAGAGGAGGAGACUGUGAAAAAAGUGAAGCGGGAGCUGGGGCUUCAAGAGUGUUUCCCUCUGCCGAUGUCCCAUGGCGAGGCCAUGGCCCGGGGCACCCCGCACUACUAUACUGCUGAGCUUCCACCCAGCAGCCUGCCAGAGGCCAGUCCCUUCACUGUGGGAGACAACCAUACGUACAACGGCUACUGGAACACACCUUUGGACCCACGCAAAAGCUACCUUGUCUACUUCCAGGCUAUGAGCAACUUCAGAGGGGAAUCAAGAAUAAACUGCAUCCGCAUAGCUCGCAAAGCCGCCUGUAAAGACCACCGCAAAGCUUUGGAGGUGUCCCAGAACUCGGAGGAGAUGGGCCUGAUUCUAGGCGUGUGUGUCGGUGGCCUCGUGGUGCUCAUUCUCCUGCUGGGUGCUGUCAUCAUUAUCAUUAAGAAAGGAAGGAACUACUAUUCUUAUUAUCCGAAACCUGUGAACAUGAAUAAGGCACCCAUUACUUAUCGCCAGGAGAAGAGCCACAUGGGCUCCAUGGAGCGCAGUUUUACCGACCAGAGCACCCUACAAGAGGAUGAGAGGAUGGCCCUCUCCUUCAUGGAUGCACACACUUGCGGAACCCGAAGUGAUCCCCGCAGUUCGGUGAACGAGGCCAGCAGUCUUCUCGGAGGCUCCCCGAGGCACCCGUGCGGACGCAAAGGCUCCCCCUACCACACGGGGCAGCUGCACCCCGCCGUCCGAGUAGCCGACCUACUCCAGCACAUCAACCAGAUGAAGACGGCAGAGGGCUACGGCUUUAAACAGGAAUAUGAGAGCUUCUUUGAUGGCUGGGACUGCACAAAGAAGAAAGACAAAACCAAAGGGAGGCAUGAUACCUUAUUGGGAUAUGAUCGCCACCGAGUCAAGCUCAACCCUCUCUUGGGAGACCCCAAUUCCGACUAUAUCAACGCCAACUACAUUGAUGGCUACCAUCGAUCCAACCACUUCAUCGCCUCUCAGGGACCCAAGCAGGAGACACUCUAUGAUUUCUGGAGGAUGGUGUGGCAGGAAAAUUGUUUCAGCAUCGUCAUGAUCACUAAACUGGUGGAAGUUGGCAGGGUGAAAUGCUGUAAAUACUGGCCUGAUGACAGCGAGAUGUACGGUGAUAUCAAAAUCACUCUGCUUAAAAGCGAGACGCUUGCUGAAUAUACGGUCCGCACUUUUGCCUUGGAGAGGAGAGGAUACUCAACCAAGCAUGAGGUCCGUCAGUUUCACUUCACAUCCUGGCCUGAGCAUGGGGUGCCCUAUCACGCCACUGGUCUGCUUGCUUUUAUACGAAGAGUCAAAGCGUCGACGCCUCCAGACGCUGGUCCUGUGGUGGUCCACUGCAGCGUGGGAGCGGGCCGCACGGGCUGCUACAUUGUGCUGGAUGUCAUGUUGGACAUGGCUGAGUGUGAGGGUGUGGUGGAUAUCUACAACUGUGUCAAAACCCUCUGCUCACGGCGCAUCAACAUGAUCCAGACAGAGGAGCAGUAUAUAUUCAUCCAUGAUGCUAUUUUGGAGGCUUGCUUGUGUGGCGAGACGGCCAUCCUGGUGAACGAGUUCUCGGUUGCCUACAGAGAAUUACUGCGAGUGGAUUCCCAGAGUAAUUCCUCGCAGCUCCGUGAGGAAUUUCAGACGCUAAACUCUGUGACUCCACACCUGGAUGUAGAGGAGUGCAGCAUCGCCCUGUUGCCCCGAAACCGAGAAAAGAACCGCAGCAUGGACGUCCUGCCGCCCGAUCGCGCGCUGGCCUUCCUCGUUACGACCGAGGGGGAGAGCAACAACUACAUCAACGCCGCUCUGGCCGACAGCUUCCACCAGCAAGCUGCGUUCAUCGUGACUCCGCACCCUCUGCCCGGCACCACGGCCGACUUCUGGAGACUAGUCUUUGACUAUGGCUGCACAGCGGUGGUCAUGCUCAACCAACUGAAUCAGUCCAACUCCGCCUGGCCGUGCGUCCAGUACUGGCCGGAGCCUGGUCUACAGCAGUAUGGGCCCAUGGAGGUGGAGUUCCUCUCCAUGUCAGCCGACGAAGAUGUCAUCACUCGCCUGUUUCGGGUCAAGAACGUCACAAGGCUGCAAGAGGGCCAGCUGCUGGUGUGUCAGUUCCAGUUCCUACGCUGGUCGCCGUAUCGGGACGUUCCCGAUUCGAAGAAGGCUUUCCUCAACCUGCUGGCUCAAGUGCACAAGUGGCAAAGAGAGUGCGGAGAAGGCCGCACCGUGGUCCACUGCCUUAACGGUGGCGGUCGCAGCGGGACCUUCUGUGCCUGCAACAUUCUCCUGGAGAUGAUCCAGUACCAGAACAUGGUGGACAUCUUCUAUGCAGUCAAAACACUACGAAACUGCAAACCCAACAUGGUGGAAUCCCUGGACCAGUAUCGGUUCUGCUAUGACCUCAUCCUGGAGUACUUGGACUGCUUUGAGGGGAGAUAGCAACUAAAUGCAGAACAAGUAUCCCACAUGCUUGAUUUAAGGUCUCCUCGAGGCUCCUCUACGUCACCGCUUGGACCUGUGCUAUUGAAAGUACUGAAUUUGAACAUGAAUGAAAAACAAUGUGGUUCAGAAUUUUAACCUUUAAUGUACAGCUGUGAUUGCCUUCUUGUGGUGAUGUUUUAUCUUUUUUAAUAUUUUUGUGCCUGUGUACUUAAGCUCUGUUGUGCCAAGGCUUUAUGUAGCCCAAAAAAAAAAAAAUAGAAAAAAGAAAAGAGAAAAAAAAUGUACACUACUACGAGCUACAAAAUGGACCCGUUUUAUUGUGAAGUGGGGUCAACUUUCACCUUGGCUGUGGUUCAUUGUUUCAUUCAACAGCAAAGAGGCUGGAUACGGUUCUCGAGUUACAACAGCGUUAUCUGGACGUUUUCUUUCCCCUCCGAGAGCAAAAUAUACACUCACACAACAGCAGUUCACUGUCCUUGUGUAUUCUCUAGCACACCAUAAACUGCCUUAUUCUCUGACAAUGAGACACAAGAAGACAAAGUCUGGACAGACCAGCCGAGAGAUUUUCCAGUAUAGCCAUGUCUUUUAUUUUUUGUCGUAUUGUGUCAGCCACACAGAUGAUCUUUUCCCCGGACUUAUUAUAACUGUUGCAGUGCCAAACCCUAUGACUGACUGGAAUCCUCCCUUUACUUUGUUCUUCUGCUUUAGCUUGCGAUAUCUGCCUACAUUCAGUAUGAACUUCACUCCAUGAUUGUAUCUCAUGUCCAGUGGGAAAGAAAAAGGAGUAUGAAAAGUAUUUUCACCAACAUUAGUAGUGUAUACUUUUGUUGAUUAUUUGGUAACAUUUGGAUUUCUUUUCUGAGGCCUCUGCAUUGAAUUGUACUGCUGAAGCAUUUUGGCAAAUGUGGCAUGAACGAUCAUUGUUGUUUGUUGUGGUGUAAAAAAAAUGACUCUAAAUAACAAAUACAAUCAAACAGUUAAAGAAAAAAAUGUUAGAUGAACUGGACAAACGUCUCCUGUAAUUGGCUGGAUUUACACCAACAUUUAGCGUCUUUAGUGCUAGCAUACACAUUACCGGUAUUCAACAACUGUAAAAGUUGCUGGAGGGCUUUAUAUUUACAUUUUAUUUUCCACUCAGUGCUGAACGCCAAAACAGAGUGAAAUCAACUAUAUCACAUUUUUAAGCAUAGUUUUCCAGAAGCGCUAACACUUUGUGGAAGUAAGCUAGCAGUUAUCGAAUCGAAGCUAGCUAACUGCCUUUAAUAUGUGUCAUCACUUCUCUGGUCAGUUGCUGUUGAAGAUGUUUGAACAUUUGUUAGCGAUGUUAACAAAAAGCAUAACAUUUCUAGAAAAUAUACAAACUUUUUUUGUUACCAGACAUGGCAGCAUAAAAUGGGAAUGUUACAUUUCGACAUAGUUGAAAUCCCAUCAACAGUAAUUUUAUACAAAUGAUAUUAAAACAGCGGAAGAGUCACUGGUAAAAAUCGUAUGACAUGUCAGAUACACAUUAAAAAGACAUGAAUGCACCGGGAGGGUAUUAUUCUCACUUUUCCUCAUAUUUUCCUCCAAACGCAGAUAAAAUGUUAUCCGUUACCCCCCAUUAUCAUCCAUCAUCACCCUUUAAAAUGCUCUGGCUAGCAUAUCUCCCGAAACAGCAUAAAGAGCAGCUUUUUCCUGGAUGUGUCCUAAUAGAGCUCUGAAAGCCACAGAAACCGACAAAUGGCAGCAAGGUGAACAUUUUGCAGCUGCACGGAAGAAUAAUAAUGUGCCCAUCAUGGCGCUCACACAAAGACAAUGGAAGGAGAAUGAGGUAGCUACUGUUUAGCCAGCGAUCAAAACGUACUGUACACGAUCGCUGGAUUAAAGCAGCAAGUGCCUGAAUACUUUUUUUGUGGCAGGUGGCGAGAACGUGUAUAUACAGUUGUACAUUAUACGAUGUGAAUACGAUACUAUGUUUGCCCAAUUGUGACUACUCCAUAACCACAAAGAUGAAUGUCCUGUAAAUGACAUUUUUCUGAGUUAAUCUGCGGUUUUAACAACCACGUCCAUUCGGGUGCAGCAUGUUUAACUCCUUGGUCAUCCCCCCCCCCCAAAAAAAAACAAGCCCCCCCCCCCCCCCCCCAGAAGAUCCUCCCACCAUGUGAGUGCACUGUACUUUUGCCAUUCCACAGCUUUUAAUGACAACUGCGCUCCGACUGCCAUGAGAGUUCUGUUGACUUCACCUGUUUUCUGUAUGAACCAAUGAUACAUGACUACUGUGUUUCUGAGCAUUGUGUUUGUGAAGAAAAGUGUGUAUUUACAUGGCGAGAUGGACAAGAAGAGGAACUUUAACAAUAAAAAAAAAAAAAAAAAAACAAGGUGGGGAAAGAAGUGUCAACUUAUCAUUGCAUGUCAAUUCAGGGGCUUUAUAAUUGAUUUGUCAGUAGAAGAAUGAGCAGGACAUACUUCCUACUGUUAGUCUUUGAGCCUCCCUAUGGUUUCUCCUGCGGAUGUGAUUCAGAGCCUCCUUGAAGCAUCAACAUUGGAUCUCCCUCUUUCUCAUCCCCCACCUCUGCCAAGAGU